AUGGCCGAACACCAACAUCCGCCGCUCAGUUAUGAGGAUUCGGCCACCACCACCCAUCCGCAUUUCGCCAGCAGCCUACCGCCAGAAGUAGUCUCAUGUCUAAAGAACUCCAGAUUUCUUCACCUAGCAACCUGCGACAACCUAACCCCCCACGUCUCCUUAAUGAGCUACACCUACCUCCCCUCAACCCCCUUCACCACUCACCCCACAAUAAUCAUGACCACAAACGCCGCCUCCAAAAAGACCCUAAACCUCCUCUCAAACCCGCGCGUCUCCCUCCUCGUCCACGACUGGGUCUCCCACCGGCCCCCCACCCGCUCCACAACCCAUCAUCUGGCCCGCGACGGCUCCCCGCCACCUGCAGCAACCCGCUCCAGCCUCGCCUCUCUCCUGCUGAAUAUCAACACCAGCGCGCUAAGCAGUAUUAGUACGACUAUCAUUGGUGAGGCGAGGUUUGCGGAGACAGGCUCCGAAGAAGAAAAGUGGUGUAAAGCGCGGCAUUUGGAGAAUAAUACCUUUGCGUCUGAUGCGCCUGAUGGGACGAGUUUGUUUGCUGCGGCGAGGGAGGGGCGGGGGGAACGGGAGGGUGAGGGGGAGGGGGAUGAUACGGGCAAUGUGGUUGGCACGACGGUGGAUGAGAGUGCGAGGGUUGUUAUUGUUGAAGUGAGGAAGGGGAGGAUUGCGGAUUGGAAGGGUGGGGUGCGGGAUUGGGCGGUUGUGGAGGAAGGGGAUGGGGGACGCGGAAUGGUCAAUGGGGUGAGAGAUUGA